UUACCAAACGUGAAGAGGAACAGGCUUACGAGAGAGAAUAUGACGACGACCUGGAUGGGGUGGAGGCAAAGUUCCUUAUGCUCGGAAACCAUCAAAUGAGUCAGUCAUGGUAGUCGUGUCACUCAGUGGAUCUUCUGUAUCUAUUAGUAGUGAUCAGGAAUUAUAGUUCUUUACUUGUAGUUGUACUUCUAGAUAGCUCGUUACUUGUACUAGUUGUAUCUGCUCGCCAAUAGAGGAGAAGGAAUAGUUCUUUACUUGUACUAGCUCGCCAUCUAAUCUGGAGAAGCAAUAUUACGGUCCAAACUGGGACAGAAACGUUAGUCGCUCUACAGCGAGAUGGAUGAAAGCAGGUAUGGAUGGACCGGACUCGAGCGAUCAAGAUGAACCUUAUGAAACUUUCAUGGAGACUUUCGCCUUGUUGUUGAGCUUAAUGAAUAAGCAACUUCGCUAGGUAUCCGAACGCGAGGUAGUUUCCGAUAUCAAAUCGAACCAACGACCCCGCAGUUUCUGUUUUCCAAAUCUUCAAACCUACUUUAUAAGCAACCACACUGUCGUGACAGGCCUUUUUUCUUCCGUCCUCUCUGUACUGGGCUCUUUUCAUUUCUCCUCGUACUACAAAUCGACUGGUGACCGGGAGAGGACGUCGCUGAAAACUUACCAAUCUGCGGCACGCACACAAG